AUAGAGUCUUUUCUCCCCAUGGCAUCUCCCAUUUUCCACAGGUUUCGCGAGAUUUACAGAGACGGGUUGGCGUGCGGGAUCAUUUCUCCGCCAGACGAACUGAAAAAUACUGAUAUGAAAUCUGCGUAGAGUAGCCUUUGAAUUUCUGGAGGCAUGUCCAAGAAAAGGGGCAGAAAGCGGAGCAGUGGGGAACUGAGUGACACACUAAGUCCAGACCCCAACAGCAUUCUGGGAGUCCGUAUUCAACAUAACUGGCGUGAGAAGGGGAACCAGAGCAAAUGGAAGGGAACAGUGCUGGACAGGCUUAGUGUAAAUCCUUCUCUCUUCAUGGUGAAGUAUGACGGCUUUGACUGCGUCUAUGGCAUCGAGCUGUUCAAGGAUGAGAGAGUGUCCAACCUGCAGGUCCUGUCAGAAAAAGUUGUAAACAACAAACUCAAGAUACCCCCAGGGGCUGAGGAGCUGGUGGGCAAAGCUGUGGAGCAUCUGUUUGAGAAGGAGGAUGGAGAGAAGAACGAGUGGAGAGGCAUGGUCCUCUCUAGAGCUCCAAUCAUGACCAACUGGUACUAUAUCACUUAUGAAAAGGACCCCGUUCUUUAUAUGUACCAGCUGUGGGACGACUACGCUGAUGGAGACCUCAGGAUUCUGCCUGAAGCAGAAAACAAGCACCUGUUGCCUGCCGACAGGAAGCCAGGGGAAGAGACGGAGAGUCUGGUGGGGAAACAAGUGGAGUAUGUUACCGACAAGGGUGUGAAGAGAACAGGCCUGGUCAUCUACCAGGUCCCAGCCAAGCCCUCUGUCUACUAUAUCAAAUACGAUGAUGACUUUCAUAUCCAUGUCUAUGACCUGGUCAAAACCACCUAGAGAUAGUGGACACUUUUAUCUCACUUUCCAGCCUCCUCCCAUCUGCUUCUGUUCCACUCAUUGUUCCUAUCUGUUAUUCAAGGCCAUGGCAGAUGUUGAAUAGUUAAUAUGCUUUAUUGUUCAGAAGAAAGUGCAAUCCUUUUUUUUUUGUAUGUACAGCAGAACUGUAGCACCGCUAUGCUUUGCUGUUUCGAGGCGAGGGAAAACAAACAAGUUGUUUUAUUGUUGCUGCUCUAAUUUACACUUUUACAUUUGGACAGUUUAAGGUUGCACUGCCCAACAGCUGCAAAGUGCAGUUGAUACUGCAUUUGCACUGUUGCCCCUGAGACCUGUCACUGAUCUGUCCUUAAUUAUCUUAAUUAAAUCCUAGUGUAACUUAAAAAAAAAAAGCUGAUCCAAAUAUCCUUUAGACACUUUUCUUUGGAUUUACUUAAGAAGUAAUAAGCUUGGUAUACAUAUUUUCCUCUGCAUAGAUGCCUUCUGGGGAGAUAUUUAUUAAAUGUAAUGGGCAGACAAAAACAUGGAGUGUAUUUAUCUAACAAUAUCAAAUCAAUCAGUGUUAGGAACGGAUGGAUAAAAUCACCUUUGUGAGACCCUUAUUUUUUCGAGAGCAAUUCAGAUGAAUUAUGCUCAUGUGGAAAUAUACUCAUGCACCUUUGCACCAUAUCUAGUUUCAUAGUAUCUAUGGCUGUAUGAAUUGGCCACAUUUUCAUGCUGAGCAUCUCUUCUUUUAACCCUGACGGAAGGUUUCUGCACAGGCUCCAAAUCGUACUUUUAACAGCACAUGGUACAUCUGAUUCUUUGUACUGGUAAUUAAGAUGCUAAAUUCUCAUUUGAAUUUGACCCCACACAAAUCAUCAAGUGCCUUCAGGCUUGUCAUUUUGCAAUAUUGUACAUACUGAAUAUCUAUCUACGCUCUUAAUGAAUUUUCGUGUAUGAAGGCUGCUAUUAGGCUUUCAUUCAGAAGUGGCGACACUGACAGCUUGAGGAAAGUUUUGCAACCAUCAGUUUGUAUUAGUGCUGUUUUUGCUCUUAAUGCAGAAUGAAAAUGUCCUACUAGCACACGUCGUCAUUGGUUGUAUAAUCUCACUGUUGAUAUUGUGGGGAGCACUUUAAUUGUAUAAAGUUUACAUGUUUAGGCUAUGGUAUGCUAUAUGGUUUCCCCAACUUGCUUUUUUUUUCUUCAAGAGAAAAUGUGGCAGAAUAAUGCUUUAUAUCACACAGAUAAAGAAAAAAAAGGAAGAAAAAAAGGUGCAAUACAUUCAGAGGAUUAUGUAAUCUGUACAACUUGUGUAAAAUGCCUUGUAAUCUUGCCUGUUGUGAUUACUCACAAUAUGAAUAUCUCAUCAAAAACCACCAGCUUUUAGUGAAAGGGUCAUUAAUAUACGUAACAUA